AAAAGGGAGAGGUGGGAUCUGGGAUCUUUUAGUUAUCUCGAGGUAGCAAGGCGGUCUGUGAGCAUCUUGCCACCUCUGAAAAAAUGUAGGCCAACUAGCCUUAAAUUUUGCCAACAGCUUCUUUCUAAACGAUCACAUCGUAUAAUCUCAAACAUUUUUUAAAUCAAAGGGCCGUAUUAAAGCGGACGGCAGAUUGUGUUCAUCAGCAGUGAUACAGCAUAUUUACAGUGGACAGCAUCCACACUGGGAACAGGGCAAAAUGGCUGAUAAGAGUGACCUAAAAGCUGAACUUGAGCGCAAGAAACAGCGCCUUGCUCAAAUCAGAGAGGAAAAAAAGAGAAAGGAGGAAGAAAAAAAGAAGAAAGAGUCAGAGACACAACAGAAAGCGGAAGCUGUUCCUGAGGACUCAGAUUUGGACCGCAAGCGCAGGGAGACCGAGGCCCUCCUCCAGAGCAUUGGCAUCUCACCCGAACCUCCAUUAGUCCCGACACCCAUGUCCCCAUCAAAGUCAAUGAGCACACCCAGCGAGACAGGCAGCCAGGACUCGGUUGAUGGAGCAGCUGCUGGCAGGACCUUGCAGUGGGACACUGACCCCUCUGUUCUUCAGCUGCAGGCUGACUCUGAGCUCGGUCGUCGAACACAUAGAUUGGGACCUUCUAAGAUAACUCAGGUGGAUUUCCUGCCCAGAGAGGUGGUGUCCUACUGUAAAGAGACUCAGACACCACUAGCAGCUCAUCAAUCUGAAGAAGAUGAAGAGGAGGAAGAAGAGGUCACAGAAGCGAAAGCUGGCCCAGAAAAUGACCUGCAGGAGGAGGAAGAAAGCAAGGACACAAAGGAAGGCCACCCGCGGGAGCUGACGGAGGAAGAGAAACAGCAGGUUUUGCACUCAGAGGAGUUCCUCAUCUUCUUUGACCGCGGUAUUCGUGUGAUGGAAAGAGCGUUAGCUGAGGACUCCAACAUCUUCUUUGACUACAGCGGACGAGACCUGGAGGAAAAAGAGGGAGAUCUGCAGGGUGGCUCCAGCCUCUCUCUCAAUCGUCUGUUCUAUGAUGAGCACUGGUCAAAGCACAGGGUCAUCACCUGUCUGGACUGGUCCCCUCAGUAUCCUGAGCUCUUGGUGGCCUCUUACAACAACAAUGAAGACGCUCCUCAUGAGCCAGACGGUGUGGCUUUGGUGUGGAAUAUGAAAUUCAAGAAGACCACACCAGAGUACAUCUACCACUGCCAGUCUCCAGUGGUGUCGGUGGGUUUUGCUCGGUUUCAUCCUAAUCUGUUAGUGGGUGGCACGUACUCGGGGCAGAUUGUUCUCUGGGACAACCGAAGUCACAGAAGAACGCCGGUUCAGAGGACCCCCCUGUCCGCUGCAGCACACACUCACCCUGUCUACUGCGUCAAUGUGGUUGGCACUCAGAACGCCAAUAACCUGAUCACAGUGUCCACAGAUGGCCGGAUGUGCUCCUGGAGCCUGGACAUGCUGUCACAGCCUCAGGAGAGCAUGGAGCUUGUUUAUAACAAGUCUAAGCCAGUGGCUGUAACUGGGAUGGCCUUCCCCACUGGAGACGUCAAUAAUUACAUUGUUGGCAGUGAGGAGGGAACAGUGUAUACAGCAUCCAGACAUGGCAGUAAAGCUGGCAUCUGUGAGAUGUUUGAAGGCCAUCAGGGGCCAGUGACAGGCAUCAGUUGUCACAGUGCUGUGGGUCCUGUCGAUUUCUCCCACCUCUUUGUCACCUCUUCUUUUGACUGGACGGUAAAAUUGUGGAGUACAAAGCAAAACAAGCCGCUGUACUCCUUUGAGGAUAAUGCAGACUACGUCUACGAUGUGAUGUGGUCCCCCGUGCACCCCUCGCUGUUCGCCGCCGUGGACGGCAUGGGUCGUCUGGAUCUGUGGAAUUUGAACAACGACACUGAGGUGCCCACCGCUAGUGUUACAAUAGAGGGAGCCCCCGCUCUGAACCGCGUCCGAUGGGCCGCAGGGGGCAAAGAGGUCGCUGUGGGAGACUCAGAGGGACGCGUGUGGAUAUACGACGUUGGAGAGCUGGCCGUGCCCCACAGUGAGGACUGGGCCCACUUCGGCCGCACGCUGAUGGAGAUCCGUGCCAACCACGGGGACGGUGAGGAGGAGGGGCCUGUGGAGCUGGCCACGUAAACACCGGACCCAGACUGAGCCUGAUGUAACACACCCAAUUAGCGUGUCCACUAGUACUGUGCUGUUUACGCCAAUAAAAGGGACCAUUGAUCCAAAUAAUGAAAAAUUACUAGGGCUGAGUAAAAUAUUGCAUGAUUUUUUUUCCUUCCAAAGCAGUUAAGUGCAAAUCCUACCCCACAGCGACUGCGCUGAUCAACUCAAUCAUGCAGUCACCAGUCAAGAAAAGUGGAUCAAAUCGAUGCAAACGGUAGGCUUAACGCUAUCAGGAUGUGCAACCAAGGCUAUACUGAGCUUAGGGUAUAGGUUGGGGUCAAAGGUUAGUAUUUGAUUUAAUGUUGUGCAGGCAGUCUGAACUGUGAUUUACUUGACCAAUACAGUCUUUAGAAUCAGCUGUGUGGUGGGGUGUUGUGCUUAACUGUUUUAGGAGGAAAGAAAUCAUGAACAAAUGACGAUUUUCGGAUUAUUUGCUGACAAUUCCUGAAAUGCCGAGAUUAAUACUGUGUCUGAAAUCACAUACUCUCUAGAUAGGUAGGCCUACUUUAAGUAAUUACUUAGAGGCUGUUUAAAAAGUAUGUUGUGUGAACUAUGAAUGUGUGUAGUAUGAAUUUAAUCAUUGUGAUUGUCAUGUGACCUGCUGGCUUCCUGAGAUAGUAAAGUGGCCAUUGUGCACACUACAGAAUUGCACUGAAAGUAGGGAACAUUUUCUCAUUCUAUUUUAUGAAUACUGUGAAUUCGGGCAUACUACAUUUUUUACAUUUCGUUAUAUAGUAAGGAAGUAGUUUAUGUGAUUUCGGAUGCAGCCUCCAGUUUCAGUGACAGCGUGACAAUGUAUUUGCGCUAUCCGUCCUAUACAUGUCGCUAAACUAAUUAACCUUAAUGCACAGUUUGAGCCAUGUUGUUAUUUUUUUGUUUAUUUAUUUUUCGUAAUGUGCAGGCUAAUGCACUUAAAAGGUUCUCUGUAUCACGUGUUUCUUGCAUUGCUUUCCAGCAUCUGAGUCUUCAGUGCCACGGCAAAUGAAAUCAUAUUAUAAAUGUGAGUUUUUGUCUAGAUGACUGCACAGCAAAUGAAUAAGAAACGUCUUUCUAUUGAGUUGUCCUUGCGGAAUGCAUGUAAAAUAAACAUACACACGACCAAUGUUGUCUGAAUCACAAAAUUACAUUUAUAAGCUUGAUGUUUUAAUGUUUCAGAAGUGAAUACAGUGUGACUGGUAAAGACCGAUUAAAGAAAAGUGACUUGAAUUAGCCUGUUCAUUAAUUAUAUAAUUUACAGAAUUAGCAAAUCUAUCAACUAUUAGCUAAAUAGACAUUGUAACUGUUUUAAUCACCACUUAUGGGAAAGAGCUGCUUGUCCUACACAAUAAAGUCAAACUAGUUUGGAAUGACAUGAAAGGUAAUUUUCUUAUUUAGGUGAACUAUAAAUUUAAUGUUGUACUCAUCGGUUUGUUACGAAGCAUUUAAAAUUACAUUUCAUUGCCGUGAGCUUUUUGAUGUGUGAGAGUUCAUUGUAUUUUUACGUUCCAUGUCAUUAACGUGAUGGCAAUUAAUGUUAAAUCAGUUAAUACAAUUUUUUGAAAAUGUGCAUUUCAAAAAUGUGAAUUAGAAAUAGCCUGCUGCUAGAAAGGCAUCUUCGAUGUUGGUUUGUGGUUAUUUUUUUGUAUACUUGAAUAUUGUGUGUGUGUAUAUUUUUGUACUGAGCCCCUGCAUGAAGCAUUGACAAAUUAAGUUAUAUAUAAGUUGGUGAUUGUGUCAACAAUAUUCACAGUGGCUUUCUCGUUAUUGUUACGGCGAUGCAAGCAGGUAUUGUGUGUGCAUACUAAAAGAUGUUUCACAUGUUAGAAAUGGUGACCAUAAUGGAAACCUUAACUGUGUGGCUAAAUGAAACAAGUGUUGGCAAAUAAAAUAUGCUUCUAGCAAUCA